AGCCAGAAUUAAACCAACAAAAAGCUCUUUUAGCUGAGACACUGCAAACACCGGAGCAUUCCAUUCCCGAAAAAUUGCCUCUGCCGCCGUCAGAUUUCGAGGUUCAGUUUUUGAGUGGUGGCUGAGAAUUUUUUUGGCUCUAGCUGCUUUAAUUUAUCGGGUGGCGCAACAUUGCCGCGGCCGCCGUGAGAUAUUUUCGAUUGAAUUUUUGAAAUAUCCUUUUUUUUUAAAUUCCCAAUCAGCCCGGCGAUCCGGCGAUGGAAACCCUAGGAGCGAAUUCUGCAGCUGCACAAACGCAAAAUCGUGAUGAUAGUGAUGUUCCGCGAGAAUAUUUCGGGGCAUUGCAGCAUGGGUGCGACCAUUAUAGGAGAAGAUGCAAGCUGAAGGCGCCUUGUUGCGAUCAGAUUUUUACUUGCCGUCACUGUCAUAACGAAGCCACGAGUACUUUGAGCAACCCGAGAGAUAGACACGCGAUUGUUCGCCAUGAAGUUAAGCAAGUUGUUUGUGCAAUAUGCAAUACUGAACAACAGGUUUCCAAUCUAUGUUCGAAUUGUGGCGUCAAAUUUGGUGAAUACUUCUGCAGCAUAUGCAAAUUCUAUGAUGAUGAUAUCAGUAAAAACCAGUUUCAUUGCAAUGACUGUGGCAUUUGCAGAGUUGGUGGUCGCGAAAACUUCUUUCAUUGCCCCAAGUGUGGUUCUUGUUAUUCUGUUAGUUUGCGUAACAAUCACAGAUGUGUAGAGAACUCAAUGAAGAAUCACUGUCCUAUUUGUUAUGAGUUUCUGUUCGACUCAACCAAACAGACUACAAUUAUGAAAUGUGGGCACACAAUGCAUGUGGAAUGUUAUAAUGAGAUGUUUAACCAAAACCAGUAUCGUUGUCCAAUCUGCUCCAAGUCGGUGUUCAAUAUGUCUAAUAGUUGGGAAAGAUUAGAUGAGGAGAUUGCAGCGACUGCAAUGCCUGAGGAAUACCGCUACGAAGUUGAAAAUCUCUGCAACGAUUGCAACCAUACUAGCAAGACUUUCUUCCACACAUUUGGCCACAAGUGCCAACACUGUAAUUCCUACAAUACACGUGUGAUAACAAGGGGGGGAGACCGGCAGCAAUAGAGCGGUCAUACAGAGCAUAUGUUUUGCUGGAUUAGCGGAAUUAUUACUUCUUCAUGGGUUUUUGAUCCACUGGUACGAUGUUUACCAACUAUUAUUCUUGUUUUCCAAUUGGAGAUUAGCCUGCUAUCAUAUCAUAUGAUUCAUAUGCAGUGCGCAUUGAUCUGGAAAAUCAUUCAUGCUUGCAGUUGCAUAAGUGAAUAUUCUAGUCGGAAAUAUUGAGGAUAUUAUAUUUCUUGGACGAACAAUCGAGUGGGUAGGCAUAUUAGGGAGAAAAUAGCAUUUUCUCGUACCAAUUAUUAUUUUUAUUUUAGCUUUUUUUUUUUAAUUCAAGACCCAUUUUAUGAAAUCCUUUUAUCAAUUAAAUUCUCAGACAAACGUUCGAAAUUAUAUUUAUUUUUUAUUUAUCUCU